CAAAAAUGGAUAACAAUUAGUAGGUUAACUUCUUGGAGGAUCAAGAGCAAUUAUAUGAAAACGAUGAAUACGAACAGACUAUGGGAAGACAAUUCGAAUCUGUCGUUGUCAUUAAGGAUGAAAAGGGUGAAGUGCAGAAGAAAUACACUUUGACAAUCCAAAUUACCAAAGCAAGUUAUUUAUUCAAACAUUUGCUUAGAUUAUCAAAAGCCUUACUUGGGAGGGUUAAAAAAUAAGAAGUCUGGUGCUUUGUUGCAUCAUGCAUUUGCUCAAACCAAUCAAUAUCGAAGAGAGCAUAAGGAGAAAAAUCACAGAGACACACAAACUCAUUUUGAAUCCACCAAGUCGACAAUCAUGAUGAGAGAAUUUGGUACUUAAAUGGAGAAGGAAGAUCUAUUCAUUGAUUUAAGAAAUGAUAGGACUUUUGAACCAAAAUUGUAACAGUUGUCUCUAAAUCCCUUAGAUAUUUUACAAGCGAAAUGUGGGAAGAGCGAAGAGAAGAGGCAGCUUUAUUUAUUUAACGAUUGAUUCGAGGUUGGUUCGCCAGGAGGAGAACCAAUGCCUUGAGACAAAAAAAGCAAUAAUUACAAAAUGAAUAAUUGGAAAAAGAAGAAGAUUUCAGAAGACAAGAAGAAGUUAGACACAAGAAAGAAAUAGAAAGGAGAACCAAUCCCAGAACCAAAGAGGAUUUCCAAAUUUUAUAUGAGGAAUUAGAAGUAUUUAUCAUCCAUAUUAAUCAGCUUUGGAGAACGACUGAAAUUGCCAGAAUCAAAUCCUCUGCUAUGUCUGAAGAGGAUAAAAGAGCUGCUCUUAAAUAAGUAUUAAAUAAGGAAACCGAUUUACUCUAAACUAUAGACAGGUUGAAGAUUAUAGCCAAUCAAAAGAACAAGGAUGAGAAAAUCAAUAAAUUCUUGAAGUCUAUCUCAGAUCCUAAAAAGUGGCUUAGGAAAUCAGAUGGUAGAUUCACUGAAGUUCAUACUCUCUACACCACAAGAGCAAGAGAAUUGAUGGAUAUUUAUAAUGGUAAUAUAUUCCUUUUGAUUUAUAGGCUUAAAGCAAAGGAAACUAAGUUUGGAUGAAAGACUAGAUAUUCUCGUUAAUACCAAAUGGACAGUAAAAGAAUGGGACUGCAAUCUGACAAGAGAGAUAGUUGAUUUGAUUGAUAGGGAAGCUGACAUGUUAAACAGAGGUAGACCGGAACCUUCUUUGGAGGGAUUAAGACAAAGACUAUAGAAUCUAUUUUUAUAAUUCAUAGAAACACCAGAAUUCAACCCAGAAGCAGCCAGAUUUUAGAAAAUACCUUAUGAAAUCCUAAAAUCCACUUCUUGAUCCAAAAGUGC